UGUCAUCAUGGCGUCUCGCUGGCGACACUGGGAUGCCGGGUGCCAUGACAGCCUCCAGACUGUUCUACAGUUCCAAUCCUUACAACAGUCCUCAGAAACAGACGGGUCUUUCAAUGGACAGGACAGCAGUGACGAGGAACUACAGGCGGUCCCAACACCAGGUUUGGGGAGGGGCAUCACCAGACCUCCAGCUGCAUCGAUAAGACUUCCCCCAAACCUGGCCUACCCAGAGCCAAGGAAAACAGUAGAGAACAAUGUGGCGCCCCUGCCAUUGAGCUACCCAGCAUCCUCUUCUUCAUCUCUUAACUGUCCAUUGGCCAAUCAGUUUGAGGAUGACUGGAGAAUUCAGGAAACCAAGCAGAAGUUAUGUAGGGUUGGUGUUGGGCGGGGAAGGGGUAGAGUCAGAUCAGAGGUACUCGGCAAAACUCCAGGCAAAGCAACUGACAACGGCUACGUCUUCAGGUUAGUGUGAUUCUUACAGAGUUACCAAUGACUCUCCUUGUUUGCAGUAUAGAUUGUAUGUUUGGGCCUUAAAGGAAUCCAAUGCAAUUUCAGGGACUCCGAGGCAAAACAAAAAGGACAUUCUGGA